UUUCACUUAUGGUUGGCGAAGAUGGGGCCAAGUUGUGGUUUCUCUCCAGGGAACAUCGUUGUGGUGCUGGUGGUGGUGGUGCUGCUGCUGGAAGGAGCGACAGGGCUGUACUUCCCUCAGAAUGAAUACACUGAGACGGUGUAUGUUGGCCAGCCAGCAAAUACACCGAUCCUCCAGGUUCAUGCCAUGCUCGACAGUAACUCUGAGCGGCCACAUUUCUACCUGUGCGUGUUGAAUGCUUUCAGACGUCCACCCUAUAGCUCCUGGUUCCACAUGGACAUCAACACUGGAAUACUGUCCCUGAACAAAAACCUGGAGGAGAGCGACUUUGCCUUGCUACAUCAGCAUUCAUGGUCUGUGAAUAAGUUGGUCCUGCAUGCCAUGGUUUUGCCUUACAUCUCCAAGAAGCCCCAGUGCGUGAGCGGAUCACGGAUCACCCUGGACUUUGUCAACACCACGUUACCACAGUGCGCUCAGACAGAUAAGAAGGAACUAUGCUUCCCACACAAAGACUCCUCCAACCCACACAUCACAGAGAACAGGUUCCCCGGGGCCUUGCGACAACUCCGACGUCUGACCAGACUCAAUGUCUGCCCCAACUACACCAUCUCUUACAAUGUGGAAUCAGAUACCCCAGCACCAUUUGCUGUAAAUGACAACACUACAGAGUUGGUGGUGACUGCUCCGCUGGACAGAGAGGAGAGUGAACGCUACAGACUACUGCUAGUUUGCACAAUACAAACAGAGAUGCUCAUCACCAAGGUGGAGACUUCACUGGAUGUUUUUGUCAACGAUGAGGACGAUAACGCGCCAUAUGUGAAUGGAACAGACACAGCAGAUGUUAUCAUCAGCUUCAACCGGACAAAGGGUGGCUCUUAUGGAGCCUUGUUCAUCUUUGACAGGGAUUUAACCCCUAUCUAUCCCAUAGACCAGAGUCACAAUAGAUAUGUGGGGACCCUGCUUAAUACUGAAACAUGGAUAAAGGAAGCAUUCGAUAUAAAAGGCUUCUUCAGUGAAAAGACCGCUGCUCAUGGUGGCAUUCGAGAGACCGUCCAUAACUACCAGCUUGUCCUGAAGAGGAACCUGUAUGUGAAUGAGAGCUGCACCGUGCAGCUGGACUACCAAGUCAAUGACACCACCUAUCCUGGCCUAGAGAGAACAGUGUUGCUGCACUUCAAUGUUACCAUCUUACCGGUCCACAUCCACUUUGCCAACAUUACACAUGUGUUCACAGUAACACGCAGAGCUUCUGUUUAUGCACAGGUUGGACGAGUCUGUGUGGAAAACUGUCUGCAGUUCGAUGGCUUCUCUGUCACAUACCGGCUCGAGGUGCCAGAUAAGAACAUGUCUGCUGAUGUGCAGUCCUGCUACGCAGCCAUGAGCAUCACCCAGGCCCCUGAUGAGAUGUGGGGACUGCUUUAUGUGAAUGACUCACAGACUCUGCACAGGCUGGAGUGCCAGGACCUGCAGUACCUUGUUGUAGCUAAGGAGGAGAACACACAGCUGGAGGCCAGCACACAGAUCCACAUCCUACUAGAUGGUGAAGCAAACAAGGCCAAUCAGGAGAGCCAGCAGUUCCCAUCUUGUGCGUUGAAUAGACAACGAGGAGACUGUGAGUCUGUCCAAGGCCUGGGGGCGACAACAGGAAGGUGCCAGUGGAGGCAAGGCACAGAGAAAGGAAUAACUGAAAAUUAUUCGACCUGCUCUCCUGACCUGCGGACAUGCCCAGAUAGCUUUUGUGAUGCAGUGGAAAGCAAAGAUAUAUCAAUAUGCCCACAAGAUUGUACAAGAGAACCUGUUAUCGGAGGUCAUGAACGAGGUGUGAGGGGUGGGAUUAAGGCUUGCUAUGGAACCUGCUACUGCUACUCUGAGAAAUGCUUCUGUGAAAAGGAAGGAGUUGAGGAGGCGAUAUGUGACGACAUGUGUAAGACCAUCAUUGCCACAGCUCUGCUCCUCUCCUUUGUUGUCUCUAUCCUCCUGUCCUCAUACUUCAUCCAUCGGUACCACAAGAACUCGCCCAAGCCUCCGAUCGCUUCUGCUGAAAUGACUUUCCGCCGGCCAGCUCAGGCCUAUCCCAUCAGCUUCCCUGCUAAUAACGUACGCCGGGGCUCGCAGGAAUCCAUCGAGACUGACACCUUUAAAAUACCUGAGGAUCCAAAGUGGGAGUUUCCUCGUAAAAACCUUGUACUUGGCAAGACGUUAGGAGAAGGAGAGUUUGGAAAAGUUGUUAAGGCAACAGCUUUCAGGCUGAAGGGAAAAGCAGGCUACACCACUGUGGCUGUGAAAAUGCUUAAAGAAAACGCCUCGCACAGUGAGCUGCGUGACCUGUUGUCAGAAUUCACUUUACUGAAACAAGUCAACCAUCCACAUGUCAUAAAGAUGUAUGGAGCAUGCAGCCAGGAAGGACCAUUGUAUCUGAUUGUGGAAUAUGCCAAGUAUGGGUCGCUCCGUAACUUUCUGCGUGAGAGUCGGAAAGUUGGCCCAAGCUACAUGGGCAGAGAAGCCAACCGAAACUCCAGCUACCUGGAGAACCCAGAUGACAGGGCACUCACCAUGGGUGACCUGAUCUCCUUUGCAUGGCAGAUCUCCAGAGGCAUGCAGUAUCUGGCUGAGAUGAAGCUUGUUCACAGGGACCUUGCAGCGCGAAAUGUGCUCGUCGCUGAAGGACGGAAGAUGAAGAUCUCAGACUUUGGCCUUUCCAGAGAUGUGUAUGAAGAGGACUCUUACGUUAAGAGGAGCAAGGGCCGUAUACCUGUUAAAUGGAUGGCAAUAGAAUCUUUGUUUGAUCACAUUUACACUACACAAAGUGACGUCUGGUCCUUUGGCGUACUGUUGUGGGAAAUAGUGACCCUGGGAGGAAAUCCAUACCCAGGUAUCGCUCCUGAACGUCUCUUUAACCUCCUGAAGACUGGCUACAGGAUGGAGAGACCAGAGAACUGCUCUGAAGAAAUGUAUAACCUCAUGCUUCGAUGCUGGAAACAAGAACCAGACAAGAGGCCAACAUUCUCAGACAUCAGCAAAGAACUGGAAAAGAUGAUGGUGAAAAGUCGGGAUUACCUGGACCUGGCGGCGUCCACGCCAGCCGAUGCCCUACUGUACGACGAUGCCCUCUCUGAAGAGGACACACCAUUAGUGGACUGUAAUAACGCCCCUCUCCCUCGAACCCUCCCCUCCACAUGGAUUGAAAACAAGCUCUAUGGCAUGUCAUACCCGAACUGGCCUGAGAAGAGCCCGGUACCGCUCAACAGACAUGAUGCCACUAACCCAGUCUUUACAAGAUAUGCCAAUGAUAGUGUUUAUGCAAACUGGAUGGCUUUGCCUUCACCCGCAAAAGCUGUGGACACGCUUGAUAGCUAAAGACAAACCAACAAUGUAGAAAAGAUGACUAAUUGGUAGAUGUGUAUAUUUCUAUAAGACUGUACAUAUACAAUCUGAUGCUAAAGUUGGUUCCCUUUUAUUACUGUUGCACCGAUAGUCCGCAUUUAAAACCAGGGUCUGUUGCUGUAAAACUGGCUGGAUCAACAUAGACCAUGCUUCAUUCAGCACUUCAGUAUGUUAAUUAUUACCUCAAGGGUCAUAUUGGCCAAGUUGUAUCACUGCAUGACUAUUGUACCAGAAUGUAUGCUAGUCAAUGUCAACGUCUUUUAAGUGCCUGUGCCUCUUCUACAAUAGCCUCCAAUUAUUAAUGUGCGACUGUGAAGAUCUUGUUCCAGCCCAGGAAUUAAAGGGGACGUCUUUACCAUCACCUGUUGUAGACAGCCGGGAUUGAGUGGACAAAGACAAAAUGCUGAACUUGUUAAGAAAAUGUAAAGUUUCUACUUUAAAGGACUGUGCUUCUCAAAACAUCAAAGAUCCAUUUUGUGUUUCUCCUAGAAAAUGUUUCAGAACUGUUCUUGCCAAAGAAAAGUACCACAGACGUGUUCAGUGAAUGCUUUACUUGCUUUUGUUCUUGUUAUUUUUACAUGAAAAAUAUUACUACUACUCCAGUGUAAGGACAUGUGACCAUGUCCUGUGUCAGACUACAGUUGAUUUUUUUUUUUGAUUCAUUGUAAUGGCAAUCUCUGUGUAAAAGUAUGAUUAUGUAAACUAAUGAGUGUUAUCAUUGU